UUGUCUUAAUGUCAUAACAAUCAACGUUCUUCUAACGGUUAGUGCAUUUAAAUAAAAUCACAAUUGAAAUGGCGAAUCACGAGUUUUGUACCCCAAAAAAGCCGCCGCAGCACCUCCUCAACAAAAUCAAAAUACCCGCGUCUCCUUACAUGAAAAAAAUCGGUUAUGGAACAGGUAUAGCGGUGUACGAACUGGAGCGUUCCCCCGCGUACAACAAACUGCGCUCCCCCUGGGCCAUAAAAAAACUCUUAAAACGCAACAGAGACAACGGCCAAAUCAAGAGUCGUCUGAAACAAGAAGCGGAUACCCUCAGGAACCUCGUACACCCAAACAUCGUCGGUUUCCGGGCAUUUUUCGAAGUCAAAAACGUCCUGGCGAUGGAGGAAUGCACCGGAUGCCUGGGAGAUCUUAUCGAGCAACGAUUCGACCAGGAAACGGGCCCCUUUGGGCCCCAAACCAUCACCAAAGUCGCUUUGGAUGUGGCCCAAGCACUGUCAUACCUGCAUAACACUGCAUUGAUCAUGCAUUGUGACUUAAAGUCUUAUAAUGUGCUUAUUAAGGGUGAUUUUGUGAUGUGUAAACUGUGUGAUUUCGGGGUGUGUUUGCCGGUGGAUAAAAGUGGGGCAGUGGAUAAGGAGAAGGCUCCGGGGGCGGAGUAUGUGGGGACGAGGCCGUGGAGUGCUCCGGAGGUACUCGGGCAUCCACAGGACAUUUCUGUUAAGGCGGAUAUAUACAGUUACGGUUUGAUUAUUUGGGAAAUGAUAGCCCUGUGCCCUCCAUUAAUCGAAGACGUCAUGGAGGAUAUAAGCACUUGUACAGAGUUAGAUUUGGAUAAAUUGGAUGAUUUAAUGGAGAGAAUGGGGUGCAGACAGAGGCCCCCCAUUCCAGAGAAUGUAGAUUUAGGUGAAAAUUAUAAUCAAGUUUUGGAAAUUUACUUUUGUUGCACUGAAGAACAGAAGGAUAAAAGGCCGGAUGCCACUGAUCUCAUUGGCCUUUUACAAGAAUUGAAAUGAUUACUUUAAUAUAAAUUUUCGAUAUUAAA